UUGACUGUUAGAGGUUUGGCUUUUACUAAACAGUAAAAAGUGCAGAAAGGGAAGAGAAACUCCUAAUUCUCUCCAGCCAUCGAUAAAACACAGUCUUCAACACAUGAGUGUAGAGCUGUGUGAAGAGAGCAGCAGUGCUUACUGAAGCUUAAAUCAUACUGGAAUUAACAUGGACCUGAGGACCAGGAUGCUGAGACCUCACCUCACUUUAAUGCUGGUAGUCAUUAUACUUGGACAUUCCUGGUUGGCUGAUGGCGUGAACAUAAGACUUGUCAAUGGAAAUAGUUUCUGCUCUGGUAGAGUGGAGGUUUAUUAUAAUGGCGAGUGGGGAACAGUGUGUGAUGAUGACUGGGACAUUAAUGAUGCUGCAGUGGUGUGCAGACAGAUAGGAUGUGGCAGAGCUCUCAGUGCCCACGACGGUUGGCGUUUUGGUCAAGGAAGUGACCCGAUACAUUUAGAUAAUGUUGGUUGUUUUGGAUUUGAAAGCUCCAUCACAGACUGCCAUCAUAAUGGAUUUGGCACGCAUAACUGUGGUCAUGGUGAAGAUGCUGGGGUUACUUGUACAGAUGUCCUGCCGAGCCCCACACUCACCCUGAUCUCAUCACACUCCACUGUCUCACCUGGGGAGUCUGUUCAGUUCAAAUGUACUUUAAUCCAGCCAAACUACAAGUAUUUAUACUUCCAUUUAUAUAAAAAUGGAUUAUUAAUAAAAAUCCAAACAGCUAUGUCUUCAGCAACAUUUACAUUGACUGUGGAUGCCUCAGAUCAGGACCAGUACAGCUGUGACUAUUCAUACAAAAGCAUCUCCACCACCUCAUCCAGGAGCAGCACUGUUGGCAUCACUAUCGUGUCUCUACCCACUCCACGCAUCUCUCUCAGUACCAACAAAAAGGUCACAUGGGGAGAGAGAGUUGACAUCACCUGCUUUCUAAACACUCAGUACACAGGAGGAACCUUCAAUCUAAAAACAGGUUCUGGGUCUGUUAUUCAGACAAAGAGUGGAACCUCUGUCACCUUCAGUUUUCCCAAAGUAGACUUUGCUCAUGAAGGUUCUUACUACUGCCAGUACCAGACACAAGUCUCCAGUCGAGAUUUCAGCUCUCCACGGAGCAGCUUUGUUGAUUUUACUGUCAUAGGUAAGACAAACCAGUUACAAUUUUUUGCUGUCAAAUCUCUUUGGGUUGGUUUCCCAAAGUGUAAUCCAGCUGGAUAUGUAUGUCCUUCAGGCUAAAUGAUAAGCAUUUGUUUGAAAUAGUGUUAACUAAAAUUGAACCCUCAGGGUUCGAAGAAUGUGCACAAAAAAUGCACGUUUCACAGUGUUUCCAUUAUUAUCUUUGUGACCAUAGAGCACAACUGCAUAUCUUACAAUAUGAGGUUAUAGAAAAUAGGUCGACAUGGAUUCAGAUCUCCUGAAAAAGACUCAUCUUUGACUCAGAUUUGGCUCUCUUCAAAUGGACCCAGAGCUCCUUAAAUGGACUCGACUCCCUUAAACAGACCCAGCUCACCCCUGACUUUGCUGUUGGAGACAGACUUGGCUUUCUCACAGAUGAUCCCAGCCUGCUCUCUUGUAAAAUGACUUAACGCCUUCUCUUACAAAUGAGCUCAAAUCAAUUUUUUUGCACCCAUUCUCAGUCCCACCAAAGAGAUAUCAUGGGGAGAAAGGGUCAACAUCACCUGCUCUGUAAAAACUCAGUUCACAGAAGG